ACUUUGCUAAUAUGUACUUUUGUAUCAUUUUAAAGAUUGUUGUUCACAAGGAUAGUCCUAGAGGGCCACAAUUGAGACGUGCUGGACCACGCCAAAAGGUGUAUUUCAAGCCAGCUGAUGUCCGUGCUUGUAUUGUCACAUGUGGUGGUCUAUGUCCGGGCCUUAAUACAGUAAUCAGGGAGAUCGUGUGUGGUCUUCACUUCAUGUAUGGUGUCACAGAAGUAAUUGGUGUGGAUUGUGGGUUUCGCGGAUUCUAUUUCAAAAAUAGUGUAAUACUAACACCCAAGGUUGUGAGUGACAUCUACAGGCGCGGGGGAACCAUACUAGGAACCUCCCGAGGUGGUCAUGAUACAUCAAAGAUCGUCGACAACAUACAUGACCGUGAAAUAAAUCAGGUUUACAUCAUUGGAGGUGAUGGCAUCCAAAAGAGAGCAUCUGCAAUAUAUAAGGAGAUUAUAUGUCGUGGAUUUAAAGUUGCAGUCGCAGGAAUACCAAAAACCAUUGAUAACGAUAUCCCAAUA